GUAACUUUCACUCCAAGAUAUUAAUCAACCAUUUCUGCAUUUUCAAUCUCUUCUCUUUAAUUCAUCCUCUCUCUUUUUACACUUGAUCGCCUGCAAAUAACUUAAAUUUCCAGAAGAUCAAACUAAUGGACAAUAAAAACGUCGUCGUUUGCGAUAAUGGCACCGGGUAUGUUAAGUGCGGAUUUGCUGGAGAGAAUUUUCCGACUUCGGUUUUCCCUUGUGUGGUCGGAAAGCCUAUGCUACGGUAUGACGAAUCGUUGAUGGAACAAGAAUUGAAGGACAUUGUUGUUGGAGAGGCUUGCGCAGACUUGCGAAACCAAUUAGAUAUUACUUAUCCUGUCAACAAUGGUAUUAUUCAGAACUGGGAUGACAUGUGUCAUGUAUGGGAUUAUGCAUUUUUCAAUGAAUUGAAGGUAGAUCCUACAGAAUGUAAAAUUUUGUUGACAGAUCCACCGCUGAAUCCAUCAAAAAACCGUGAGCAAAUGGUCGAGACAAUGUUUGAGAGAUACAAUUUCUCUGGUGUCUUUAUCCAAAUCCAAGCUGUCCUAACCCUUUAUGCUCAAGGCUUGCUCACAGGGCUAGUUAUUGAUUCUGGGGAUGGUGUCACUCAUGUGGUUCCUGUUGUCGAUGGUUACUCGUUCCCACAUUUGACUAAGCGAAUGAAUGUGGCAGGGAGGCAUAUAACAUCUUACCUUGUGGAUUUGCUCACACGAAGAGGGUAUGCCAUGAACAGGGCAGCUGAUUUUGAAACUGUCAGACAAAUCAAAGAAAAGCUGUGCUAUGUAAGUUAUGAUUACAAACGAGAGUAUCAAUUGGGACUUGAGACCACCAUUCUAAUGAAGAAGUACACACUGCCCGAUGGAAGGGUUAUAAAAGUGGGCACAGAGCGUUUUCAGGCUCCUGAAGCACUUUUCACUCCAGAACUUAUAGAUGUUGAAGGUGAUGGAUUGGCUGAUAUGGUAUUCCGCUGCAUCCAGGAGAUGGAUAUUGAUAACCGCAUGAUGCUUUAUCAACAUAUUGUUCUUAGUGGGGGGAGCACCAUGUAUCCUGGACUACCAAGUCGCCUGGAGAGGGAAAUUUUGGACCGAUACCUCGAUGUUGUUCUUAAAGGAAACAGAGAUGGAUUGAAGAAGCUGAGAUUAAGGAUAGAGGACCCACCUAGAAGAAAGCAUAUGGUGUACCUUGGAGGUGCAGUUCUUGCAGGAAUAAUGAAGGAUGCACCAGAGUUUUGGAUCAGCAGGCAAGAUUAUCUGGAGGAAGGAGUUGGCUGUCUGAGUAAGUGUGGCCAAGCAUGAUUCAUCUGUUCGCUUCUUUGAUGUUCAGCUAAUUAAGUGGAACGGAAAGGUUGUGUUAGACUAUAUUAGUGAUGAAACAUUCAAUUAUAGUAUUUUUUUGGAAAAUUAUCGUUGUAGUUUCUGUUUUCGCCUUGUAACAAAAGACACUACUAUAUGGUGUGGGACUGGAGUCUGGAGGUAUGGGAUUUUUAGUGACCAUGCUCAAUAGUGACUAAACAGUUCUUUUUGUAAUAACUCAAGCAAGUAGAGAACUUAAUUUUGUAUUGACUUGUAUAACAA